AUGCAUUCAAGUGGCGUCGGUACAUCGGCUGGAACAACAUCAAGUGCGGCGGCAGCAGCAAUUAAUGCCGCCACUCUACAUAAUCUCCAGUCGGCGGUUAGUUCCAGUACCAAUAUGUCCGGCGGCUUAACCAACAACACGACCAGCGGCGGCAUUGGCGGUGGUGGUGGUGGCGGUAUCGGUGCCGGCUUAAAUAGUGCCCUACAAACGGGUAGUAGUUUAAACCAUAAUAGCCUCAGUUUAAGCAACAACAGUAACAGCGGUGGCAGUAACAGUCUCAUCAAUGGCAACCAUCUAAAUAUAGCAACAGCAGCCUCUCUAACGGCUUCCCACUCGCAUGGUAUGGGUGUAGGUGCGGGCGGUGGAUUUGGAGCACUGGGUGUUGGUGUGGGUGGUGGUAAUUUGAAUUCCCUUGUGGUGGGCAAUCGUCUAAUGAAUUCGGGCCUAACGACAAUACUCAAAUGA